AUGGCAACAACAUCGAAGAACAUGUAUGUUUUCUACAGGCAGAAGAAGAAUAACUCUGCCUCUAUCGGAAAAAAAUCAACUAAAAACCCAUCUCCCAAACACGCUGCUACUUUCGGUUUUGAUAUCACCCAACCCCUUACUCUUGUUUCUCAUGGCGGUUCACUCGAUCUCAAAGAUGAUUUUGAUGAACAAGAGCAACUGUUAAGGCAAUUUGAUAUGAACAUGGCAUACGGGCCGUGUGUGGGGAUAACGCGGCUGGAUCAGUGGAAAAGAGCUCAAAGAAUGGGGCUAAACCCUCCUAAAGAGAUUGAAAGCCUUUUGAAAGAUGGGAAAGUAAAGUUAGAAAGUUUAUUUGAUGGUCGUGUUUAGUUAAUUAGCAGGUAUCAUAAUAGUAGUAUUAUGUAUGUUUAGCUGAAAUCAGACAGUUUCUAGCUGUGCUUCUGGUUGGGUGUUUUUAAAUGUUUUGAUGAACCUGAAAAGUUGUUUUGGUCUUAAUCCAUGUGGGAUUUUAUGAAAUUUGCACUAGCAUUGCUUGUUGUAGUAUGAGUGAGUUAUUUGGCUAUUCCAAGCUCGGAU